GCUUUGGUUGAGAUUGACAGUAAUGGCGACGAGCUUGUCUUAAGUUGUUUGGUUUCAACGGAAUCAGCUUGAAAAUCCAUCCUCAGGAGACGGACUACAUGCAUUCCGAUCCCGGAGCAAUCGCGUAAAAGGAUCUGUAGCUUGGUAAAGAACGGGUAACUCACUGGCGGAACCUUAAAGUUCAGCUAUUGGGAUUGUGAGGGGAGCACGAAAUAAUAUCCCUGACAUCGUGCUGACUACAACAGCCUGCAUUCGAAUAAAAUAAGGUUUUUUUUGUUUCUGCUAAAGAAAAAAAAAAAAAAAAAAGUAAAGCCUUCCAAAUCUGGAAUUGUUUACAAUUACAACACGGCAUUUAACCUGACUUGCGUGCAGAGACACGAACCUUUUUAGGGUUCCAAUUCGAAGGACGUCUGUUACAUUUUUUUUUUCGGAAGAACCCCCCGCUCACAAUUCACCGUUUCUAAAUUGAGACUAUUUGGUGAGAUAAAACAGAAAAGUGAAACGGAAAUUCAUCGCAAAAAAAGUUGAACCCAUGUGUGGAACACUUCUGUUCAACGUUUACUUAGACAUGUUGAAAAUGCUUCAUGAUAUUCUGUAUUUAAAUUGAUACAUUUUGAUCGUGUAUAUUGCUGGGUACAACGUAUUGUACUUAGCCUAACUGGUUGUAAAAAACAGAAAAGAAGUUUGAUGUUGUACUUUUGUUGCACUUUUUGGAGACUUUCCUCUGUCUAGCCGGUGAGAACCAUACCUCUAGAAUUCCUUUGUUUUGCAACUCUUUGUUUAAUUAUUGAGCCCUCACUACAUAUGUGAUUUUUAGACGAAAAGAGUCACCAAACGGGAAACUGAAAGGAGUGCUCAGUCCCCCCCCCCCGUUUUGAAAAACACCGCCCUUAAUCAUCUGUACAACAAAUUCCGAACAACUUAAACGAGAACACAACGGCGCAGCUUGUGUGGUAAACCCAGACACAGCAGCGAUGACAUUGUAAACAUCUGCUGUUUUUUUGUUUGUGUGUCAUAGACGCAUUCAAAUAUAAGUAUAUGUGUGUAACAAAUUGACUUGUAUGAGUUUGUAAGACCUACAAUCGUCUGCUUGUGGAACUCGAUGCAGAAAACCAACAAAUAUACUGUGGUUUAUCGUGUCAUAGUGAUUUUAAAUGACAACCGGCAGGAAUAACCGAGCCAUGAUGGAAGGCGUGGGUGCCAGGGUGGUUCGGGGUCCAGAUUGGAAAUGGGGCAAACAGGAUGGCGGAGAGGGCCAUAUUGGUACUGUGCGCAGCUUCGAGAGCCCAGAAGAAGUGGUGGUAGUCUGGGAUAACGGGACUGCUGCCAACUAUCGCUGCUCGGGGGCGUAUGAUGUCCGAAUAUACGACAGUGCGCCCACAGGUAUCAAGCAUGAUGGGACCAUGUGUGAUACUUGCCGUCAGCAGCCGAUUAUUGGUAUCCGUUGGAAGUGUGCAGAAUGUACAAACUAUGAUCUAUGCACAGCUUGUUACCAUGGAGAAAAGCAUCAUCUGAGGCACAGGUUCUACAGAAUCACCACGCCGGGAAGUGAGAGGGUUCUGCUUGAGUCUCGCCGCAAAUCUAAAAAGAUCACUGCCAGGGGGAUCUUCACUGGCGGCCGGGUGGUGCGAGGAGUGGACUGGCAGUGGGAGGACCAAGACGGAGGCAACGGGCGCCGGGGCAAGGUGACAGAGAUUCAAGACUGGAGUGCAGCCAGCCCUCACAGUGCAGCAUAUGUUCUGUGGGACAAUGGAGCCAAGAACCUUUAUAGAGUGGGGUUCGAGGGCAUGUCUGACUUGAAAUGUGUUCAAGAUGCAAAAGGGGGGUCAUUUUACAGAGACCAUUGCCCUGUACUAGGUGAACAGAAUGGGAACCGGAACCCAGGGGGCCUGCAGAUUGGCGACCUGGUGAACAUUGACCUAGAUUUAGAAAUUGUGCAAUCCCUGCAGCAUGGGCAUGGCGGGUGGACUGAUGGGAUGUUUGAGACCUUGACCACCACAGGCACAGUCUGUGGCAUUGACGAAGAUCAUGACAUUGUGGUGCAGUACCCCAGUGGAAAUAGGUGGACAUUCAACCCUGCCGUGCUGACAAAGGCGAAUGUGGUUCGGAGUGGAGAUGUGACUGCAGGUGCAGAAGGGGGCACCUCCCAGUUCCUUGUGGGAGACCUGGUUCAGAUCUGCUAUGACAUUGAGCGAAUCAAGCUUCUCCAGAGAGGACAUGGCGAGUGGGCAGAAGCUAUGUUGCCAACUUUGGGGAAGGUUGGUAGAGUCCAGCAGAUCUAUUCCGACAGUGACCUGAAGGUGGAGGUUUGCGGGACAUCCUGGACAUACAAUCCUGCAGCUGUUACCAAGGUGGCCCCAGCAGGCUCUGCUGUGACCAGUGCAUCUGGAGAACGCCUGUCUCAGCUUUUAAAGAAGCUCUUUGAAACACAAGAAUCUGGAGAUAUUAACGAAGAACUCGUAAAAGCAGCUGCCAAUGGGGACCUCGCCAAAGUUGAAGACUUGCUAAAGCGCCCAGACGUGGAUGUUAACGGACAGUGUGCUGGGCACAACGCUAUGCAGGCAGCCAGUCAAAAUGGACAUGUGGACGUAUUAAAAUUACUGCUCAAGCACAGCGUUGACUUAGAAGCAGAGGACAAAGAUGGAGACAGGGCUGUGCACCAUGCAGCUUUUGGAGAUGAAGGGUCGGUAAUUGAGGUUUUGCACAGAGGAGGUGCGGAUCUGAAUGCUCGAAACAAGCGCAGACAGACUCCUUUACACAUUGCAGUAAAUAAAGGUCAUCUUCAAGUUGUUAAGACUUUGCUGGACUUUGGCUGCCAUCCCAGUCUUCAGGACUCUGAAGGAGACACCCCUCUUCAUGACGCCAUCAGUAAGAAGCGGGAUGAUAUGCUGUCUGUGCUUUUGGAGGCCGGGGCUGACGUCACCAUCACAAACAACAAUGGAUUUAAUGCGCUUCAUCAUGCUGCGCUGCGAGGGAACCCCAGUGCUAUGCGGGUUCUGCUGUCUAAGCUGCCAAGGCCCUGGAUAGUGGAUGAGAAGAAGGAUGAUGGGUACACCGCCUUGCAUUUAGCAGCUCUCAACAAUCACGUGGAAGUAGCAGAGUUACUGGUUCACCAGGGCAGCGCCAGCCUGGACAUCCAGAAUGCUAACCAGCAGACUGCCUUGCACCUGGCAGUAGAACGCCAGCAUACCCAGAUUGUCAGACUGCUGGUCCGUGCAGAAGCGAAGCUGGAUAUCCAGGAUAAAGAUGGAGACAGUCCUCUGCACGAGGCUCUUAGACACCACACCCUUUCCCAGCUCCGCCAGCUCCAGGAUAUGCAGGAUGUUGGCAAAGAGGAUAGCCCUUGGGAGCCAUCGAAAAACACUUUAAUAAUGGGCCUGGGGACUCAAGGUGCUGAGAAAAAGAGUGCUGCAUCGAUUGCCUGUUUCCUCGCAGCCAAUGGAGCAGAUCUGACUAUCAGAAACAAGAAGGGGCAGUCUCCACUGGAUCUCUGCCCUGAUCCCAGCCUCUGCAAGGCAUUAGCAAAAUGUCAUAAAGAAAAAUCAAGUGGACAGGUUGGCUCUCGCAGCCCCUCGCUCAUCAGCAACGACUGUGAAACGCUUGAGGAGUGCAUGGUGUGCUCUGAUAUGAAGAGGGACACCCUCUUCGGGCCCUGUGGGCACAUUGCCACCUGCUCACUGUGUUCUCCACGGGUCAAGAAAUGCCUCAUAUGCAAGGACCAAGUCCAGUCUAGAACAAAGAUUGAAGAAUGUGUGGUAUGUUCAGACAAGAAGGCAGCUGUGCUCUUCCAGCCUUGUGGCCACAUGUGCGCCUGUGAGAACUGCGCCAGCCUGAUGAAGAAGUGUGUGCAGUGUCGAGCUGUGGUCGAGCGGAGAACUCCUUUCAUUAUGUGUUGUGGUGGGAAAGGUAUGGAAGAUUCCACUGAUGAUCUUACCAGCGCAAACAUCCCUGCUUUACAGAGAGACAAGGACAACACAAAUGUCAAUGCGGACGUGCAGAAACUGCAGCAGCAGCUGCUGGACAUCAAGGAACAGACGAUGUGCCCAGUCUGCCUGGAUCGACUGAAGAAUAUGAUCUUCAUGUGUGGCCAUGGCACGUGCCAGCUGUGCGGUGACCGAAUGAGUGAAUGCCCCAUCUGUCGCAAGGGUAUUGAGCGCAGAAUCCUCCUCUACUAGACCAGGGAGAAGGGGAGAAAGAGGAAGUGUGAUUUGCAGCUGUGUAGAUACAGUUCAGCAAUUAUAUAUCUUCAUUAACUGACCUUUUUUUAUUUUUUUUUGAUUGCUUUUGUUUUAAAUAGACAAAAUGUUGCUUUUCUCUAACUGAGUAGUUUAGGAUGGCGAAGAAAAGGGCUUAGAAUUUGAAGAAUUCAAGAACUGGAGGCCAAUUCCUGACACCACUACUUACUGUUUCUGGGACCUGUGUUUUUUUUUUUUUUUUAAAUCAAGUUUCUCUCAACGCCAUUGUUACUGAAACAGUGCAACCUUUAGACAGUUUUUUGUGUCUACCCAAAACAUUGUAAUGAGCAAGGAAUACAAAUAUCAAAGCCAUUUUGAUUGAGUUCAUAUAAAAAAAAAAUUAAAAAAUCAGGAUUAUGCAUUACACACAAGGGUGGGCAACGACAGUAAGAAGUAAGCCUGUCAGGGUGUUUCAGAUGCAUAUCAGAGCAUGGUUUGGAUGCUGUUAAAUCCUAGCUGAGGCAGUGCUGCUUAAUUCUUUUUUUAAAUAUAGAAGAAUCUGUGUAAAUGUUUCAACACUUAACCUAGGAUAGUUAUCAAUAUAGAUAAUGUUAAGAGUCAUUAAAAUGAAGCAGCACUUCCUUAAGGAGGUAUAACGCAACUUUAAAACCUGUUGUCUUAUUCUAAACUUUCUCUCACUGUUUUUAUCCUCGGCUUAAUAUGAUACCCUGAAGCAUUUUGCUUUCCAUGUACAUUGCAGUAGAUACAUAUGACAUCUAAUGUGGAAAUCUAGCUUAAGGGAGCAGUCCUAUGUAACAGUGCCCAUGGAACUGUGUGCAUUGUAGUCCAAGUAUUAUUUUUUUUUAAACUCGUGUGUCAUCAGUUAUAUAUGGUUCAAAAUGUAUUGACUCUAAUUUUUUAUUUUUUUUAUUUUGUACUUCGCUAUUAGUUUCACUUGUGCUUGUCACCCCUUGUGCAGUAGAGUAGUCAAACAAAAGGCAGCCCUGUACUGGCACACAGUAUUGCAAAUGGCACAGUGAACAACAAUGUCAUUUUCCAAAUGGAACGAACAUUUUUGUUUUCUCUUGGCAACAUAGUGCAUACAAGUUAUUGUGUUGUUUUUUUUUUUUUGUCUACUAAAUGUAUGUCUCGUGAGCAUAGCCGAUUCGUAGACCUGUAAGCCUGGUUGGUUUGGCAACUCGUUACAAAAUGAGGAACACUACAAAGGGCGAAAUAGCAGCUGUGUACCAUAGGCAACCACCAGAACCACCAGCUGGGAAAAUAUUGCAUUGACACCAUUUUCCUGUGGUGCAAGACAUCUCACUCAACCUGUAAUAAAAGAAAAUCUAACUCUAAAGUCUUUAGCAUCUGAAGCAGUUUGUUUUACCUAGUGCCACCUAGUAUUGUCUCUUCUCCAAAUGAAAAUAUGAAGUGUUGAUUUUCAUAACUGUUUAAACUUACACUACACAGAGAUAAUCAGGCACAAUCAUGAAAGUGACAUUUUCAUACAAGUAUUAUAGUAGCUGUACCUUGUUGAACAAAAUCUAGAUUUAUGGUAUUACAUAUUCAUUUUUAAAACAACCGUUCUUAAGCGUGUUUUGACACCUUUUUUCUUGCUGCAGAAGUGAUUAGCAUAAAAGUUAACUUAAUAUAUCUGUUUAAACUGUACAAGCUAGCUCCACUAACAUGUAUAUUCAUAAUCUUAUAUGACAAAUUAGAAUUUAUUGUACGAAAUACAGAUAUCCUGCAGAAUAGGACAGACUGUGGUUAACUCUUGGAUUUUGCAGAACCAAACUAUCGAUUAUAGGAGGAGGUCACUUGCAGUGUUGAAGACAAUGGAGGUCAGGUCUGUGCUGUUUCUUCCAAUAACAACAAAUGACUGCCCAAUGAAAAUCAUAUUUAAAAAAAAAAAAAAAAAAAAAAAAAUGUUAUCCCAGUUUAAAUUGACUGUUAUAUAAACAUGACUGAAAAGUUACAUUUUUGACUGAAAAGUUUAAUUUUCCACUAAAAGUAUGUCUGUGCUCAUAAAAACAUGUAAUCUGCAAUGAAACAAAAAGGUUUUUAUCAAUGAAAGACCAAAUGUACUUUUACAUAGUUGUCCCUACUCUACAUAGCCCAUUAGCUGAUGCCACUAUGUGCAAGCAAGGACAUGCAUUAGGUUAAGUGUUGCUUUAAUUAUUUUACUGUGAGCAGUAUUCCUUAUGUUAGUGUUUAUGUAUUUAAAAGGAAAUGUGUAGUACCGCUACAAAUGUAUUCAAGUACAUUUAAAUGAAUUAAGCAUUUUUUUCUUCAGUUUUUUGUAACUACUUGGUCUUGGGUUGUCCAAAGUAGUUGAUGUUUAAAUUUAAAUGGUCUUUCUGUCAAAGUGUGAGCAAUUGGACUCCUGAAGCAUGAACGUAAUUUCAGGUGAGAAGGGAAGUGUGCAUGUGUGGAGUGUCGGGGUUUGAACUCGACAAGAAAGUAAUGAUGCAUGUGUUAAAAGGAAACUUAAAUAAGGAGUGAUGCAAGGUGUGGGCAUUUUCAUAAAACCGUUGUUUUUAGCUGGCCAUGCAUUAAGAGUUCAGCACAAGUCUUCAGUGUUUGUACCGAAGCAUGGUCUCGGUGGCUGACAAUGCCCUAUGCAUAUGUUAUUUAUUUUAGAACAGAAGUAAGCUGUGGCUUUGACUGCCAAUCCCAGUUUUAUUAUCAGCGUGUAUUAUUAUCUGAACAUUUAAUCUAGAUGCACAAAAUGUAUUUUAAUUUUGGUAGGUUUUUGCUGCUGUUGUCACGAAAGAUAUUUUCAAAACAGUACACAGCAAGCUGGUCUCUGUUUUCCAUCAUUGAUACUGGACUUUUUAUUACUGUCUUUUUUUUUUUUUUUUUUUUUUUUGCUUGAAUGUUUGACAGCUGCAAUAGGUUUUGUAACAUGAAAGCUGGUUAGUCCACUCUGUAUUGCAAAGUGCUUUAAACAUAAAUGCUUUGUUUAAAUAAUCUUUCAAGACCAACACUUUAGGAAUAAACACCGAUAUGCCUCAAUCUUGUGUCACUGAGUUUUCCUAUGUGUAUCAUGUAGUGUAGUACUCCUGGUAAGAGUUGAUAUAUUGCUUGUUAGUUGUGGAAAGCCGGGGGGAGAGGUCUUAAUGGGUUUCUGUAAGCAGGGCUAUUUUCCUUAACUUGGUGUUUGUAAUCAUUCUUAAUUAUACAUAUGCUUGUUUUAAGCAUAACAACAUCUGAAUAAUUUGAUCUUGUCAUAAAAAGACUGCAUGUAUUGUACCUCUGGAAAUGAAUGGAGAGGGAAAACAAGGUGCUGCCACUGUGUAUGUUUGACUUACACCAACAAUACUUGUAUAACUAUAAACCAGCAAAAAAAAAAAAAAAAAA